AUGUACAAAGACGAGAAGGAGCCCCCGGAGUCUCGGAGAGUGAACUACAACAAGCAUGUUUGGAGGGAGACACAAUUUGGGAGAAAGAAAUACCACAUGGACAGGCUGAGGUUGCGGAGGCCGUGGGAACGCCUGGCUCUGUGCCUUCGAAGCCAUGCUCUUCACACGUCGUCGACCACUGCAAGGACCGGCGACCCGCUAGCACACAGGCCGCGGGGAGGGCGCCCACGCGCCUGCGCCGUCUACCCCGCGUCGGGCCUGCGGGUCCUCCAUGCGCCUGCGCCGUCUACAGCCUCCGGCCUGCAGGGAGGACCCAGUGGGAAACAGCAGGAGAAAACACACACAGCACAGCUCACAUCUAAGUGGCUGGUUGCUGUGCGGACUUUUGGGUUCCUUCUGCCAGUCCUUGUGGAAUGGAGGGGAGACCCUGGCCCAGAAGUGCCGCCGAGAGGCCCCGCAGAGGAUGAGGAGGAAGGCAGAGGGCACCAUCGGCACCGCCAGCACGCGGCGCGGCUGAGGUCUGCCGGAGGCGCACUCUGGCCCCGGGCCCCGCAGCAAAGGGAAGAACUCUGGCUGAAUCCCAGGGAAGGAUCUCAGCUCCGAUGGGACGUCAGGCCAGAAGAGGUGUGGCUCUUGUGGACCCUUCCUUGCGCCUGGAAGGUUAUAACCAGAUGGACGCGGGAGCCACUGGACACCUGCCCACGAAUCUCAGCCAGGAGAGCGUCAUCCCGGCCUCCGGCCCCCCGGCCGAGGGCUCAGCGCCAGCCACACAGCUGGCACGUAAACGUCGAGGGCGGCACCACGAGCCGAAUGGAAGGAACACGGGCAUUCCAGUUACCGUUGGGGGAGCUGAGCGCCUCGUCUGAUCCUGACUGGUUGUGGGCGUUAAAUCUCAAGGUCACAAUUCCCAGCGCCGAGAUGAAAAAGUGCAGCAUAUGACUUUGUGUUUUAUGUCACAAUACAUAAUUUUCUCUUUUUA